UUUUAUAGUACAUUUUUCACUCAAUCGAUUGCUCCAAAGUAGCCCAAUAUUACACAAUGGAGAACUUCCAAGCCGUCCAAUAUCUUGAAUCCCUACUGGGAAAAACACUCAGAAUUCAUACGAUAGAUACAAGGCUAUUCGUCGGCACCUUCAAAUGCACAGACAAUGAUCGAAACAUUAUCCUCUCCGCAACCCACGAAUACCGCUAUCCCUCCAUCUCUCCUGACAUUGAAACCGAACCCGCGGAUGUCGCCAGAGACGAUCCUGCAGCUACGGGCAUUGUCAAAGCCGAUAUGACCAGUCGCUACAUCGGCCUAGUGGUUGUCCCCGGCCAGUAUAUCACCAAGAUUGAGCUGGAUGAAUAUCGACCACAGCAACCGGGGGGGAAUCGCCAGGCACCGUUAAGUUGAGAAUGCCGAGCAGCAGCGUGCACUGACUGGGUGGAAAUUACAAUUGCAAGCGGGUUCAGAGAAAGAGAGGGAUAAAAAAUAGAACCACAUUAUCCGGGUGAUCUCAGCCAUUGGGAAAUUUUUCUUAACAAAAAGCUCUCUCCAUCCGGCUACCGCAUAUCGACUCUACCCCCUGCGUACCUACCUACUCUAUAUCUCUCGGGGCGACACUAACAUAUAUCCAGCCGUGUACUACGUUGAAAUCGGACUUUCUGACAAGCCAUGAGGGGGAAGAGUACAUGUACAAUCACGUUAGGCACGGCGGAAUCCUUUUACGUUUUCACCAAUUUCACGAUCGCCAGGUACUACAUUAAUGUUUUUCACGGCUAACCGGAUGUCAUUCCCCAGCCCAUAAAUGGAGACACGGAGGAAACGGAGGGCCGCGCGGCAACGAGAACGGUUUGUCCUCUGUCCGUACGUGUGUGCACAGCGAGCACGGAUAAUUAAAAGGUGGGGGGGUGCGAAGGGUGGACGGGCCGCUGCGGUGACAAGGUAUCAAUCAAAUCUUUGACUGCCGUCGCGAGAGAGACAUCGAGUCGGAAUCGAGCCGAGACAGUGAUUAGAUCGGGCAAUUAUGCUUUCGGAUUUUUGUGGAAGUGCCAAUUGUUUUGGAGAAGGGUUACACGACAAAACUUUUUGUGCCUUUUUCGUGGGAUGUCCUAUUUCAUGACGAAUGGCCCCCUGCCAUUAAUUUCCCGGUUGAGUUUGCAAUUGGAGGGAUGUUGUUUUGUUUCCGAUUGUUACGUUUGUGGUGUUAUACAGACAGGAGCAAAUAUUUAGUAGGAGUGUGUGAGGCUGGCUAGAUUACACAUCCCAUCCUACAUUCCAUGUUCGAUUUAUAUAGUAUCCAUUUGUGAAUAACUCUGCAGCAUUGGCGACCACAAAUAGAAAGAACAUUUGCUUCGAAGUAGUACAGAAAAUAGAAGAGUUCUACAUUGCAAUGUUCAAGAAUGUAAAGGUCUACAUACCCACAGUGUUGGGAUCCAAAACCGGAUACGCAGAAAGAAAGUGCCCAGGAUCAUUUGACGAUCGGGGAAAUGUAAUGGCUAGAUAGAGAGGACAACUCCUCUUGGUCAGUUUUCACGCCUAGAUAGAUAUCUUACUCUCGCCAUCCGCUGCUGGCAGUGUAAUAAGGGUUUCAACUCCGAGUUUCGUAUAUUGAGGAGCAUGGUUGAUCGCGUUGGUAAAAUUGAAGAGUAACUAGGAAAACGAAGAAACUGACGACGGACAAGAGGCCGAACAUGCCUGGGUGGCUAGGAACGGAGCUUUAGUUAACUACUCUGUACUGAUUUCAUAAACAAAAUACAUCCCAUUUUCAAUGUACAUGGUAAUUUGUCUUGUUGUUUAAAGCUGAACAUUGAAAAUAUGAAAGAGAA